UUCUGCAAUAUGUCUCUGCUCGUGGUAUCGCUGCAUGUGAGGUCCAUAAACACGACUGCUCGUGCGCUACAUUAAAUUGUCGAAACACAUUUGCUUAAAAGACAAAUUUAAUAGUUAUUUGCGUGAGCUGGUAAUAUCUGGUUUGGUUUUAGGCGUCCUCAAGAUUGAGCAAGACAUCCCAGUCUUCAUCACAAAUGGAUGACCAGAAGACACAAGCAAUCAAAAAGCUACCUGAUCCCAACGAAGAUCUUUUACUACCAGAGGGCUGGAAGCAUACGUUGCCGAAAGAGCAGCAACCCUGGGUCAGUAAGGCUUUGUUCAGCAGAGAUGCAUCUGGAAAGCUGUUGUUGACUGAACCGCUACAGCUGUGGUGGUCGAAUCCUGGACCCCCAUCAAAAUAUUCACAGCCUCCUCCUUCUCCUGAGCCGUUCUUCCACAGCAGGCUGUUCUUAUGGAUGCCCUGUCGCAUGUGGGCAUAUAGACUGUUGUGCACAAAGCCAAACUGUCGCCGUCUUGGGAAUCAUUUGAAGCCUUGUGGGCUGCACAACACCGUCAGAAAGGUUUUGGACAUCAGUGGCUGGUAUUUCAUGGUCACAGAGUAUUUGGAGUGCUGUUCCUGUAGGAAGAAGGUGGCGGGCUGGUCGCAAGAUAUUAUGGAUCAGUUGGAUCCCAUUCAUUGUGAUAAAUUUCCAGCAGUCCUAACCUACAGGUUGUCAUGUGAUAAGGAGCUGGUUCGGAUGAUGCAGUGUCAGACACCAGGGAAGAGUGCAGCGGCACUGUACCGCCAUCUUUGUGUUCGGCACAAAGAGCGGUGGGUGGCCCAGGCUGCCGAGUACCUCUCUGUACUGCAGAAAUUUCAAGAUCUCAGUGCUAUUAUGGUCAAAGUGCCGCAGAUGAUACCAGUGCCUUCUUCAUCAAUGCUUUUGGCAGUCUAUGCAAAAGAUGCACUUACACGGCUCGGAGAGUUGAAGGCCAGAGUUACUUCAGUCUAUGGCUCCAUCCUGAAGAUGACCUCCGUCAAAAAGGUCACCAAGAAACAGGAUUCAGCUGUGUGGACCACAACUGUAGGAAAUGAAAAUGAGCAGGUCCUAAUGUGUGUACUGACCCAAACCGAAGAUGAGGACCUGCAUCCCAUGUGCACUGGCUUGAUGGAGCGAUACCAGCGAGCCGGAAAACAUCCUCCACAACUCCUCUAUGUAAACCGUGAUUGCUGUUCCACCACGAACAAAGGAAAAACGGCAGCCAUGUUCACCGAGUGGGACCGGCUCAUCAUUAGGCUGGACGCUUGGCAGUUCAUGCAGCAUAUUUCAGCAGGCAUUACAUCAGAAAACCACCCACUUUAUGGCACCUUCAUGGGACGGCUAUUCUCCUGUAUCUUUGAAUGGGACCAAGGAGAUGUUGAAAAACUCCAUGAAGCCAAGCAACAGGAGAUGCAUCAAUCUACAGAUGGCAAAGUAUCCAACAAGCCCACUGCUGAAGAGUUAAUAAGACACUGUCGACACCAAACACGAGGAGCUCAAGUGACCAGGCAGCUCAUUGAACAACUGUUGAAGGAGUUCAUGGAAGCUACAGACUUCACAGGGAACAAACUGAUGGACCAAGAGAAGAUGGGGGAAAUCUGGCGAGCUCAACAACGCCAUCUUUUGUGUAUUCAGGAUCCUCCAGGCAUACAGCUUUACAAGAAGGUUAAAGAGGUGACCAGAGGAGGGCUCAGUCUGCCCAUAUACAGCUGCGCACGUGGUGUCGGAUCAGUAGAAUUAUUUCACAAACACCUGAAACAUUUCAUUCCAGGUAUAAGUACAAAGGACUUGCACUUCCAUAUUUACUUGGUGGAUGGGAUAGUACAAUGGAACAAGUCCAGAUCUGUUGCUGCUGAGGAAGUCAGUCCAAUGCAGCGCUAUGCUAACCAGAUGAGCCAAAAGCUUCUAGGCUGUAAACUAGUUGAGGAUCACAACAGCUCAGAAGAGUACACUGGUGAGCUCAUCGGGGUGGAGUAUCUGUACUCCCAGACCAGCAGGGUGUUGGAGGUGGAUGAAUUCAUGGAUCCCGAUGCUCCAGACGAGAGUGAUGGACAGAUGGAGGGAGACCUGGAUGAUGAGGAUUCAGACAUCGAUCACCUCAGAUCACCAAAGUUCCUGGAGCUCAGCCUGAAACCAGUUUACCCUGUUCAGUGUCAGGCAGUUCUUCUGCAGCCCACUUCCUCCGGCACCCCCACAUCCCAGCCGGAUCCAAUCGUGUCUUCCACAUCUGGGACCAUAAAAGAUGAGCCCAUCACUGAGGACCAGUUCAUGCCACAGAGCAUCUUACAGGAGGAGGAGGAGGAAGAGGAGGAGAAAGAGGAAAAGUGCGUUGGGCCUGACGGUGUUCCAGGUUAUAAUCAUGUUAUUAACCUGGCUAACAGUCUGGUUGAGCUUAGAAAUCAAGGAUUUGUCACACAGCGAAAGGUGGAUGAGAUCAUAGCUCUCUGGGAUAAGCUGUCAGAUUAUGAUAAAGGUGGAGUCGUCCUCCCCAUUCAUCCAGAAGAUGGACUGCACUUCAGCAACCACCACACUGAUGCCUUUGUGACUCCAUGCACCGAUGGUCUGAAGAACCGACUUGUUGCAGCUGUCUGCCUGGCUCUGUCCCACAUCCACCCUGUGGAUCAGACGGUUGCCGGUGUGAGGGUGAGCAGGUGGACGGCCAUCCUUCGAGACUACAGCAUGAUCCGCGACAUCGUCCAGGACAGCCCUGCCAUCUCGUCUCGUACACGGAUACAACUCCUGGAGAUAAACCAGAGAACACUGUGCCAGUGGUACAGUACCAGGGAACAGUUGGUUUUGCACCAGUGGCUUGACGGCAUGAAGACUUCUGAGGCUUUACUUCCUCUACCACACAACAUUACAAAUCCUGUUCAUUAUGGACCUGCAGGUGAUGUGAUUAAAGUAGUGAUCGGGGUUCCCAGUCCUCCUCAUGCUGUGCCAUUACAGACAGAGCAAAGAGCUCUCACCAUCAGACCUGCUUGUCCGAAGGUGCCCAGGACCACUGCUUGGCGCCGGAGAAAGGCAGAGGAAGAAGCUGCCCAGCGAGGUUUACCUCUCAAGCGGCUCUUUGAACAGUAUCUUUGUAAAAAGUGCGGCAAUCCGAAAACAAAAGAGUUUGGGCACAGCCAGUUCCGCGGGGUCCACUUUUGUGCUAGAACUUCAGGGAAAACUGUAGAGCAGUGGAUGGAGGAGAUGAGGAGUGUACAAAAACAAACUGAAGCCACACUUCCGUUCGUAACAAACUGAAAUAAAAAAAUCCACUGACUUUAUAGUCUAAAAUAGAUCUAUUUUUUUUCUUAACUGAUAUUGUUCUUAAAGUAGUAUGUGGUUUAUGAAAUCGCAUUAAAGGCCUUUUUAUUUUAAGGUAAUAAAUAAAGGGCCUUUGCUAUUGUAACAGAGGCCAGCUCAAGUAGGACUGGUGGGUUACACAAGGGGGCUCGUCCGGGAUGGAAGUAAGGUUUAGGGAGUGAGUGUAAAGGAGGCCAGCAAGUGAAGUGCUAUGCAGGUAAACCUCACUCCUCUGACCUCAAUGUGCUCUGGUGAUGCUAAAGGCCAUGGUCGUUAGCCUCCUUGUUAGAGCAACCGACUCCUAUGCAAUCGCCAGUUCGAUCCCAGAUCAGACUGGGUUGGGUGCAGUAGGACUGGUGGAUUACAUGUGGGAGCUUGUGCAGGAUGGAAGUGAGGUUUAAGGGGGUGAGUGUAAAGGAGGCCAGCUAGUGAAGUGCUAUGCAGGUAAACCUCAUUCCUCUGACCUCACCUAGGACUGGUGGGUUACACCAUUAACAUAAAAAGGAAAAAUACAUGCCCAAAAGAAAAAAAGAGGGGUUUAUAUAUUAUUUAACGUAUUAUUUAUAUGGCCAUUGAAAAAACGUUGCAUGUUUUGUUUUUACAGAGAGAGAAAAAACACAAUACCAUCAUUGUUGCUUGGUCAAAUAAAUACAGAUAAUAUUAAAAACAGAUAAAAUGUCAAAAUUCUUGUUAGGUACAGUUAGUUACGCUAUGAAAACAGAUUAAAGUAAAACUUGCAUAUUAUAGACCCUUUUCACAAGACGGUGGUCGUCAGCAUCUUAAAUCCUCAAAAGUUUUUAAUAUUUAGAUUUUUUAUUUUUUAAGUAUGAAGAUUUAUAAAGCUAUACUUUAUGAUAAUCUUUGCAUCAGAUUGCAAUAAACUAGUUGUAAGGUGUUUGUGAUACUCUUCCAUUCACUGCUCUUUAAAGUCCCCGUGAACCAGAAGCUGUGAUCAUUAUUCUUUUCGUAAUGUGACGCAGUUCUUAGAGAAACAGAAUUUUGAAUGAGCAAACUGUAGGCAUGGCUUGUUUUUUCUACCGCAGGCUGAAUGGACGUAGUAAAGUAGGUAUUUUUUAUUCAGAAAGAAGAGUUAUUAGAACCUAACUGACUCCUCCUACUCCUGUUUGUUGUCAAAACUGACAGUUGGAGCAUCGUUAGCCACGCCCAUUACCACAAAAUCAGGUAAUCUGAUACAUUGACUGAAAACAAACAGGAAGUGCUUUUUCAGAUUUCAAAUAAAACUUAAAAGGCCAAACUGUUUUUUUUCUUAAUGACAUGCACAGAUGAAUUAUUCAAUUAUUUCUUGGGGACUUUAAGUUAACUUCUACUGCUGAGAAACCUGGACAUGUGAAAAGGGUCUAAUAUUAAAUAUUGGUUCGUAGUAUCAGACAUUAAAGAAGUAAUCAAAUCGCUUCUAGCCGAUAACAAACAAAUGAGCAAAACUGUUUAUAAUAAAAUAUUCUAUAGUUUUCUAUAUAAAACUAUACUCUUCAGUCUUGUCAAGGCCUGCAAAAACUGUGAACAGAUAUUUGACACUCUGGGGCCACAACACUCACUCAGGAAAAUAUGUAGGGCUAAAAACUCCAGCAAAUUCUCCCUUUUUCCCAUGUCUUCAUGUUUUGUGGACAUAACAGGAGUCCAUUUUGCGAUGCCAUAAUAGCUUGUGGAAAGGUUAUGCAGGUCUCUGAAAUCAAACUGGUCAAUAUUUCACUUGUUCUCAGGGAAAUGGUUGCACAAGGGAAGAUUGGCCUGGAUUUUUGAAUGUGAAAAGCCAGUGCUUAUCAAUUCUUCAGACUCACUACUUGAAACCUUUGCGGGACAUUCAUUCUCUUGGAGCAAAAUUUGACUGUCCUGCACUAACCUGAAAAAAUGUGGAGAUGAUGGAUACUCAGGACAUUUUUUGUGCAACACAUACAAGGGGAAAGCAUUGGCACUUUGGCUGGCAGAGCAACAAACUCUUAUUCUUACUGAUAUGAAGUCCUUUUUGACAUCAACUUUGUAUUUGCAUUAAAUAGCCUUCUAUUUUAUACUUUUUGCUUUCAUUUCAUGUAUUUAAAUUGCACUUUUUAUAAAUAGUUUUGUGUGUGAACUAUUCAAUAAAAACAGAAUAAUACAUUUAUUAGGGCAAAACUUCAGUUAAUUAAAUGAUAUUUAGUACCUGCUUUUAUAAUCAAGUUCAUUUAAAAAUGUAUUUAAUGAUUUGUU